UUUAUUCGUGUCACUUCUCUUUUUUUUUUUUUUAUGCUAUGGUUUCCUUCUUCCAUGGUUUUAUGGCCAUUUCUCAGACCUAACACCAAUUAUUAUUUUUUUUACCUCCUCAUGAAAUUAUCGCCUCUCAGCAUUUCCACCCAAUCGAGCCGCGGCGGCGGCGACAUCGGCGACGGAGGGGACAGGCCGUCUCCGGUCGCCCCUGGCGCAAUGCUGCCGGUUUUCCUCAACGACUUGACCGGCGGUGGCGGAGACGGCGGCAGGGAGUUCGUGGAAGUGACUUUGGAGUUCGACGACUCCAUCUCCGUCUCGUCGGAUUUCUCCUGGAGGUUGCCGAGGAAUCUCUCGACGGCGUCUUCGAAGAUCCGGCAGAAGCUGGGGAGGCUGCUGAGGUCUGGAUCGACGAAAACGACGUCGUCGGGGAGCGAUAUCGAAUGCCAGCCAGUGACCGAUGCGAUUGCGGCGAGGGAAACGCGGAGGAAGAAAGCGCGGCUGCAACGGACGACGUCCAGCGCUCAGAGAGCGCUGAGAGGACUAAGGUUCAUCAGCAAAAGGACAAGGGGAGGCGAUUGCGAUUGCGACUGCGACUGCGACGAAAUGUGGAGUAACGUGGAGAGGAGGUUCCUCUCGCUCGCGAAGGACGGUUUGCUCGCGAGAGAUGACUUCGGAGAAUGCAUAGGGAUGAUGGAUUCGAGGGAGUUUGCGGAGAGUGUAUUCGACGCGCUUGCGCGGCGACGGGGACAGAGAGUGGAGAAGAUCACAAAAGACGAGCUUCAUGAGUUUUGGUUACAGAUCUCCGACCAAAGCUUCGACGCGCGUCUUCAGAUUUUCUUCGACAUGGCUGAUAGCAACGAGGACGGGAAGAUCACCAGAGAAGAAAUUCAAGAACUGUUGAUGCUCAGUGCUUCAGCAAACAAACUGUCAAAACUCAAAGAGCAAGCGGAAGAAUACGCAGCAAUGAUCAUGGAAGAGCUGGACCCUGAAAAUUUCGGAUACAUCGAGUUAUGGCAGCUAGAGACGCUCCUCCUACAAAGAGAUACAUACAUGAACUACAGCAGACCGCUGAGCACAACAAGCGUCGGUAUGAGCACUCCGACACUGAAUGUUCUGAGGCCUCGACACCUGCUUCGUAGAUUCAAGAACAAAAUUUGGCGUCUCGUCCUUAAUAAUUGGCAACGCUGUUGGGUUCUCCUGCUGUGGAUAGCGGCUAUGGCUGCGCUCUUCAUCUGGAAGUUUUUCCAGUACCGAGACAGAGCCGUUUUUCAGGUCAUGGGGUAUUGCUUGACCACGGCCAAAGGUGCAGCCGAGACUCUCAAGUUCAACAUGGCUCUAGUAUUGUUACCCGUGUGUAGGAACGCCUUGACAUGGUUGAGAUCUACCCGAGCUCGAGCUUUUGUUCCGUUUGAUGAUAACAUAAACUUCCACAAGACUAUUGCGUGUGCUAUAGCAAUCGGGAUCAUUGUUCACGCUGGCACACAUCUGAUCUGUGAUUUUCCUCGCCUAGUAAAUUCGAGCCCGGAAAUGUUUACCAUGAUCGCAUCCUCAUUUCCUGACAAGAAGAAGCCCACCUACAAAGACCUGAUGACAGGUGUGGAGGGAAUAACUGGAAUUUUAAUGGUCGUCUUGAUGGCGAUAGCAUUCACAUCGGCAUCGAAGCAUUUCAGGAGAAAUCUGGUGAGGCUUCCAGCACCAUUCGAUCGGUUGACAGGAUUUAACGCUUUCUGGUACACUCACCACCUUCUAGUGAUCGUCUAUGUCAUGCUUCUUGUACAUGGGACCUUCUUGUUCUUCGUUCAAAAGUGGUAUCAGAAAACUACAUGGAUGUACAUAUCAGGUCCUUUGCUGCUUUAUGUAGCAGAACGGAGUCUUCGGGCCUGUAGGUCCGAGCAUUACUCUGUCAAAAUCCUCAAGGUCUCAGUGCUCCCUGGGGAAGUUCUGAGCAUAAUCAUGUCCAAGCCUCCUGGAUUCAAGUACAGGAGCGGUCAGUACAUAUUCUUGCAAUGUCCAACAAUCUCUCGAUUCGAAUGGCACCCAUUUUCUAUUACCUCAGCACCAGGGGAUAAAAACCUUAGUGUCCACAUCCGGAUAGUUGGAGACUGGACAGAAGAGUUGCGACGAGUUCUAACCGAGGGUAAAGAUAUUUCAACGUCCAUGAUCGGCCGAGGAACUUUCUCUGCCUAUACCAAUGUCGAUCCAUCACGCCGACCUAAAUUACUAGUCGAUGGACCGUAUGGAGCUCCAGCACAAGACUACAGAAGUUAUGAUGUCUUGCUCUUGAUUGGACUGGGAAUCGGAGCAACCCCUUUCAUAAGCAUCCUGAGAGAUCUACUGAACAAUGCAAGAGAUGUACAAACAGACACCGAAUUCAGCAUAUCAGAUAUCAGCUUGAAUAGCUACACAUCUUCGUAUACAAGUACAACCCCGACUUCAGCACAGGGAGGGAAAAAUAAAACCGAGAGGGCAAUGAAUGCACAUUUCUACUGGGUCACGAGGGAGCCAGGAUCCUUCGAAUGGUUUAGGGGAGUAAUGGAGGAAAUAUCAGAUAUGGACUGCAGAGGCCAAAUUGAGCUGCACAACUACCUGACAAGUGUAUAUGAUGAAGGUGAUGCUAGAUCAACACUGAUAAAGAUGGUCCAAGCUUUGAACCAUGCCAGACAUGGAGUUGAUAUCCUAUCCGGAACUCGGGUAAGAACUCAUUUUGCAAGACCCAACUGGAAAGAAGUCUUCAGCAGCAUAGCAAGAAAGCAUCCAAAUUCAACAAUAGGAGUGUUUUACUGUGGCAUUCCUACAGUUGCGAAGGAAUUAAAGGAGCUAGCCCAAGACAUGACUCACAAAACAACCACAAGGUUCGAGUUCCACAAGGAGCAUUUCUAAAUCAAAUAUACAAGCCAGGGAGGGGCGUAUCACGUAACUUGUGAAUUAAUCAUGACUCAUGAGAGCAAUAUUCUUUUUAUACUAACUACAAUGGCUUAGGCUAUAGAUACACACGUGUGUAUAGUUUGCCAAAGGGCAUGAAAAGAACGAGAUAAAUCAUUAUACAAAUAAUACAUACACUUA